GGCAGUUUCCUGGGCGGUUGCGAAAGCCGGAGGCGGUGGGGAUGGCCGACAACUGGGACAGCGAGCCUACUAUUCGCACGGUCCUGCAGCGCGUGCUGGAUAACGCGGAUUCGCGUACCCCGCGGCGACCCCGGAGUUCCGGGGCUGGUGCCCAGAGAGCCCUACUUAAAACAUCUUCCUCCAGGAGGCUGAGUAGCAGAACAAAGACAUCUGCCAAACAGCGUUCCCAUGGAGUCAGGUCUAUUGGCAGACUGGCCCACAUUCAAGUCAUUGGUAACCUAAAGGAACAGACACCCCGGACUCUGGUAAAGAACAUCCUAAUAACUGGUGAGUGGGCACUAAUCUGCCAGGCAGAGAUAGGCACCAAUCCUGCGUUAACCCUCAUUCAAGGAAGCCUCUGCUGUUCUGCAGCCCCAGAAUCUUCCAUCCUCAUGCCAGAGUCCGUGGUGAAGCCAGUGCCAGCACUGCAGGUGAUCCAACCCUCCAGAAGGGAAAGCAGUCAGGGCAGCCUGGAGCUACAACUUCCUGAACUUGAGCCCCCCACAACCCUGGCUGCAGGUCUGCCAGCCUCUGGCAGGAAGAAGCAGAGGCUGAGAUUGUCAGUGUUUCAGCAGGAAGUAGACCAGGGGCUGCCUCAUUUGCAAGAGCAUCCUGAAAAUGCUGAUGCCUCAUCCCUUACCAGCUCCCUCAACCUGACUUUUGCUACACCUCUUAAGCCACAGUCAGUGAGGAGACCUGGUUUGGCUCGCAGACCUCCCCGCCCCCGUGCUAUAGAUGUGGGUGCCUUGUUGCAGGAUCUGCAAGAUAAUUCCUUGGCCUUGGCUCCUCCAGGUGACAGCCUUAAAACCCCUAUUGCAAAUCUGCCAUCGGACACUGUACUGGAAGACACCCAGCCAUUCUCACAGUCCUUGGUUGGCUGCUCCCCCAGUGUACAUCGCUCUCUGCCCAACCCCUUUCCUACUGGUACUGAAGAUGCUGAGAGGACUAUGGGGGACAGGACACAGAGCAGUGGACCUGGGCUACAGAACCACAUAAUGGAAGCAGAGGAAUCCCAGGAGGCAGAGGAGCCAGAAGGAUCUUCAGAGGAUGAGAACACCUCUGACAGGCCAGCAAGUCCACAAUUGGCAUCCAGUACACCCAGGUUCCUUCAGGCCAAGCGACUGCAUUCAAUUCUUGAGCCAGCCCCACCGCCUGAUGUUGCAGUCUUGUCUUCAGAGACUAGGGAGCCUGUGUCAGCCCGGGUUACCCCCAGACCCCGAACUGCUGGCUCCAGGCCCCGUCAAGAUUCCUACAAGGCUGGACUGAACCACUAUGCAAAACUCUUCAGCUUCUUUGCUAAGAUGCCCAUGGAGAGGAAGGCUUUUGAAAUGGUGGAGAAAUGCCUAGACAAGUAUUUCCAGCACCUUUGCAAUGACCUGGAGGUAUUUGCUGCUCAUGCUGGCCGAAAGACUGUGAGGCCAGAAGACUUGGAACUGUUGAUGCGACGGCAGGGCCUGAUCACUGACCAAGUCUCAUUGUAUGUGCUUGUGGAACGACACCUACCCCUGGAGUACCGGCAGCUGCUCAUCCCCUGUGCAUUCAGUGGGAAUUCUGUCUUCCCUGUGCAGUAGUGGCCAGGUUUCAAUAUGCCGUCUCCCCACCUGAGGCCUCUUAACCCCACAUAACCCUCCAGCUCUCCUCCCUGUCCCCUAGCAUCAAUAAAUUGUGACAAAUAGAA